CCCAAAAGACAAAGGGUAAGGAAACUGAUAGAGAACGCAAUGACAGAGCAGAAGUGCAGUCUGUUACUGAAACCCAACUUGAAACAAAGUCAGAUGUUUCAGCAAAAGAUUCAUCAAGCACAGCCAUUGUGAAUGUUAAUGAACUAGUCCCUAAAAGUGUUGAUUCAAAGACAUACAGAGACUGUAUAGCCACAAGUAACAGCACUUCUGAUAAAACCCUGACGAACUUGGAAUGUGCCAAAGCGACAAAUACUCAAACAUACCUUGCAAGAUGCCAUGAACCUCAGAUAAUAUCAUAUAGUAACUUUGCAUUAGAUGAUAUAUCACACAACACUUACAUAGUCAAAGAAAACCAUGAUGGCAGUAUAAACAGUGCUGCAAAUAUACUGAGUCAGCCUGGUAAACAAGCACAAGUCCCAUCAGUAGACGGCACAGACGUCACAUUAAGCUCAGUAAAACAACACAUGCACAACACCUUUCAAGAACAAGCUUGCAUAACACAAGUACCUGCAUACUUCUCCAGAAAAACACUUCAUUUACCCUUUUCCAAUGUGCAAGCAAUGGAUUUGAGUUUGCAAACCAACAAACAUAAAUCACAGUUGCCCACAGCUGAUGUACAAAGUUCAGCUCCAAAAGUGUCUCCUCCAAAUCUACCUACCACAGAUUCACAAACAACCUUGCCAGACCUGCAAACGCCUACAACUGAUAUCAGUGAUGAUUACUUAUCACCAAGAGAGGACUCCACUACCUCUGAAGAGUACUUUGAAUGUAGUGAAUCUCCUUCACAUGAACCUGUUCUUGACACAAGUGGGAGUCGCAGCCAUGGGACAGGAAAGAAUAGCAGCCCAACUAACUCAGAUUGUCGUUUUUCAAGAAAUGUUGGCACUAGUUCUGCUGACUUGGAUAAUAGUUCUAAUGCUUCUACAUUAACCAGUUCAAGUCAUAGUACUUCUUCCAGUGAAUCCAGUAUUUUAUCUUGGACUUCUAGAGAGCCCCCUAUAUCUGUGCUUGGGACAAAAGGCCAAAACAGAGAGUCAAAGAUCACUAAUAGAAGAAAUAGCAAAGAAGGUGCUAAAAUCGAGGUAAGCAGUAGCAACACAGAGAAAAAGAAGGAGCGAGUACACCAGAGCACGGAGGGGACAGACAGUAAGGAGUUAAAUCAAAUGCCUAGAUUUUUGAAAAAGGAGAGUGAUUUAAAAGAAACGGCCUUAAAACUCAGUAAGGCCUCUGGGGGACAGGUUGAAGGAGCCACGACAGACGGACAAUCAGUGCAGAAAGAGACAAAGCAGUUGUCCACUGGUGAACUUAAACCAGAAAGGGUUUUAUCUGAGGGAAAGAAAUCCCUUUCCAGCAAGGAUAAGCCAACGAACCAGGCUGCACUAACCCACGGCAAUACAGAGAUAAGACAGAGGCAAUCUACAAGGGAGACAACAGGACAGAAGCCUUUGAAUCUUUCACCCAAAUCUCAGCCGCGUCAGCAGCCAGGCAGUAGAGGCUCUUCACCAUCACGACCACUGAGGUCCCCUAGCGGCUCUCAAGCUCAGGCACCUCGUCCUUCGGGAAUCCGUGAUCUCAACCAAACAGAAAGCAGGGCUCUUCAAAGUAAUGUCAAAGAGUUUGUUUAUAAGCCACCUCCUCGCAGAUCACAAUCCAGAUCCCCCUCUCCAAUGAAAGCUGCUCCCCUUGGGUCUGCAGCCGGGCGGAAGCAGGUCUCCCAGAGCCAGCUGCUCACUCGGCAGCCUCCAGCAGCGCAGAUUCGGUCAAAGUUUGACCGACCAGAAAUCCAGCCUGCAAAGCAACAGGCCUCCACUCUCCACACUCUUUCCAGCCCGCAGCCUAAGGCCCACCCUCUUGCCUCUACUCACCAAAUGUCUGAACAGGCAGCUCAAGAAUCAGAAGAAGCAAGGGCUCCUUUUAACUUAACUCUCAGCAGGUUAUACAACUUCAGGGGAUUAAGGGACAAAUGGACCAAGCAGCCGACUCAGAGCAGGAGCAGUAGCACUGGCACACCGGUAAAAGAACGUAAAAGCACAAGUUAAUGAUGUUUAUCUGUUGCCCUGUCAUCGCAAUAUGUUACUGAAACAUCAGACCAGAGAACAGGGAUUAAAAACUGAGUCCAUGCUGAAAAGCACAUCUUUUUUUUUUUAAGAUUUUUUUGGCUCUAGUGGCCUUUAUUUGAUGGUUAACCAACAGGAAGGUGGGCAAUGAGAGAGGGGGGAAGACAUGCAGCGAGGGUUGCCAAGGCCGGGAAUCGAACCUGCGACAGCUGCAUUGAGGACCAAGGUCUCCAUAUGUGGGCUGUGCUUAACCCCUGAAAAUCACAUCUAAGUGUUUUUGAUAUUAUUUGCUAUUAUUUCUGAAAAGUUCAUGAUGUUUCCUUGUAUUUCUUUUUAAAGUGUUAAAUUUGCACACUGUUAUUACGUAAUAAAUAUCAGAUGUACUGUAUGUCAGUCUGCAUGGAGUACAUGCCAAAAUUUGCUGUAACAUUAAAAUUAAAUUCUGUUCUCACUUUAUUUGGUGGUGCACAUGAAUUCGCCUUUUUUUGUUUAGUUUAUGGUUUACUGUAUUUACCAAGUUUAUUUACAUAUUUUUGAGAGGUUUUCUAAGCUGAGCAUUCAGCUGAAGUACAGCUUUGAGUUGGGAAUAUGAUGAAAACAAUGAACCGAUUCCUCCAGCCGUGACCCACGGUGCCUUUUCAAUCCAAAACAUUGUGACAGUUUUAAUGUGGUUUUCCUGCUCUGACUUUCUGUUUAAACAAGAUUUUUCAAUAAAAAAAAAUUUUUGAAACACAACA